AUGGCGACCGCCGCGCAAAAACGUGUCAACCUAGUGGUGUCACGGAUCAUCCCGCCCGUGCUCCUGGGAGCGGUCGUCUACGCUACUUACGCCCUUACGAAGACACUAUGUAUUGACUACCUCAUUCAUCCGAAACCUUCCUAUCAUCAAAGUCCGCGGGUCGGCGCUGGCGCCGUCAUUCUCGUCCUCUAUUACCUUCUUUUAAUAAUGAUGGUCUCGACAUACACCAGACUAUUCUAUAAUGUUCUCAUUCGUCCCGGGUACUUGCCCCUUGGUGCUGAGCGCGUACGGGCCGAUGCGGAAUCCGAACACAGGCACGAGAAGUCAAAAGCAGACGUAGCGGCGGACGAGCAGCAUCGCACCGGGCUCAAUGCGCCGGACGUCGACAUCGAGCAGGGGAUACAUGACCACGCGGGAGGGAAAGCAUUCAAACUGGACCCUUCCGGCCUCGAAGCCUUCUAUACGAAAGAUGUAUUCGUGUGUCAAGAAGAUGGUCGGCCCGCGUAUUGCUCUACGUGCUGUCAGUUCAAGACUGACCGGGCGCACCACUGUCGAGAAGUCGACCGAUGCGUGCGCAAGAUGGAUCAUUUUUGUCCAUGGGUGGGAGGUGUUGUGUCUGAGACCUCCUACAAAUUCUUCAUACAAUUCGUCAUGUAUGCUGCUGUCUAUUGCGUCUUUUGUAUGAUUGUCUUUGCAUACUUCGUCGCCGAGAUUCGUCGCAAGACUGGUGGCGUCAAUCCUCAUUGGGCGGUCGCUAUUGGACUAAGCGGCCUGUUCUUCUUUUUUUCGGGCGGAAUGUCACUCAGUUCCGCGCAACUGGCCAUGUGGAACGUGACGACUAUUGAGAAUAUCAACCGCAACUCUGCCGUCUGGACCCUGGCCAUCCGUGUCCCUGAUCAUCUUCUGGAACAGCUUUGGUCAACCGAGUCCUCCUGGGCCCCGACCUUCCGUACAAUAUCCUACCCUCUCCAACCGCCUACUUCGCCUUCUGAACCCCACACCAUCGACCUUUCUUCCGAGAAGCGUCAUGUCUUUGCCAUCCUACAUACGCAGCCGGGCGAGAAUCCGUAUGACCUCGGCAGCAGUCUCAAGAAUCUGCAACAAAUUAUGGGGUAUAGCCCGAUCGACUGGCUUCUCCCACUGAGGCACAGUCCCUGUGCAGAUCAUUCUAGCUCAGAGAGCGCAUUUGCCCUGGGCCCAGUGGUCACUCGUUUGAAACAAGAAGCCGGGUUGAUCCCGGCCCCGGCUCUGUGA